CACAAAUGGAUGAUAUUUCUGCGAUCAAUAAAUCGAAAAAAAGAAAACCCUUGAAUUGAUUGACCUCUCUCUCUCUCUCUCUUCUUUGCGUUGCUUUGACCCAUGAACUGCAACACAUUUAUUAAAGAGGACCAUCGUCACAAGCGAUGUGUCCUCUUAGGACAGUUAUACAAUUUUUAUUAAAUUCCACAUUUUCAUACAACUCCGUUUAACAUUAAAAUAACAAAACACUCAUUUAAUUCCCCAAAUCCCCAAGAGAGAAACUCACAAUUUUUGUGAAGCUAAGCUUGUGGUUUUCUCAACCAAAGUUACUGUGGUAAAAACACAAGCUUUUCUCUUCUGCUCGCUGGAUCGGGUUCCGAGAAUUGAAGGGUAGGUUCGAAAGGUGUUGUGUUGAUCUGCGCCAAGAUGCUUAAUUUGCGUUAAAAAAUCCAUUCUUAUGCGAGACUCGACUUCGGAGAUGAACCAGUUAGUUGAAAGCUCUGCGAAUACUCAAAGGGUCUCUAGAGUUCAAGCUCCACUGGUUGACUCUGUUUCUUGCUACUGUAAAGUAGAUUCAGGCCUGAAAACAGUUGCUGGGGCAAGGAAAUUUGUUCCAGGAUCAAAGUUAUGUAUCCAACCUGACAUAAACCCGAAUGCACACAGGAGCAAAAACUCACGUAGAGAGAGAACCAGAGUUCAGCCUCCUCUCCUGCCUGGUCUUCCCGAUGAUCUUGCCAUUGCUUGUUUGAUUCGCGUGCCUCGGGUUGAGCAUAGUAAACUGCGUUUGGUUUGCAAGAGAUGGUAUCGCCUCCUGUCUGGAAAUUUCUUCUAUUCACUCAGGAGAAGUCUUGGAAUGGCAGAAGAAUGGGUUUAUGUCAUCAAAAGAGACCGCGAUGGAAGAAUUUCAUUGCAUGCUUUUGACCCCAUCUACCAACUAUGGCAAUCCCUUCCACCCGUUCCUGGGGAGUAUUCUGAAGCAUUGGGAUUUGGCUGUGCUGUUCUUAGUGGUUGCCACCUGUACUUAUUCGGCGGAAGAGAUCCACUAAAGGGAUCCAUGAGACGUGUUAUUUUCUACAAUGCACGAACUAAUAAGUGGCAUAGAGCACCAGAUAUGCUGCGUAAACGCCAUCUGUUUGGUUCUUGUGUAAUAAAUAAUUGUCUCUAUGUUGCUGGAGGGGAAUGUGAAGGAAUUCAAAGAACUCUUCGAUCUGCUGAAGUCUACGACCCCAACAGGAACAGGUGGAGCUUUAUCUCAGAGAUGACCACAGCCAUGGUGCCCUUUAUUGGUGUUGUUCAUAAUGGAACAUGGUUUUUGAAGGGACUCGGAUCAAACCGCAACGUCAUAUGUGAAUCCUAUUCACAGGAAACUGAUAGCUGGAGCCCAGUGACCAACGGAAUGGUCAAUGGUUGGCGUAAUCCUAGUAUCUCACUGAAUGGUCAACUCUAUGCACUUGAUUGCCAGGAUGGGUGCAAGCUCAAAGUAUAUGACAGAGCAACAGAUUCGUGGAAGAAGUUUAUUGAUAGCAAGCUCCAUUUAGGUAGUUCGCGCGCACUUGACGCCGCUGCUCUUGUUCCUCUUAAUGGAAAGCUUUGCAUUAUCCGCAACAACAUGAGCAUCAGUCUAGUUGACGUUUCGAGUCCAAAUAGACGAGUGGAAAACAAUCCUCAUCUUUGGGAAAACAUUGCUGGAAAAGAAGGUCAUGUGAGGUCUUUAGUUAGAAAUUUAUGGUCGACUAUAGCAGGGCGUGGUGGUUUGAAGAGUCAUAUUGUUCACUGUCAGGUUCUUCAAGCCUGAGAUCAAAACUCCUCUGAUAAUCUUGGCUAUACAGUUAGGGAAAUUGUUGGUUUUUGGAAAAUCAAAAAUUGAAACAGGUAUAUGCACUUUCCUGUGUGGGAAAUAGUUUGUGCUUCAUUGUAAAGAUGAGGCUAAUUGUUGAUUUUGGCAAUAGAAUGAGGUCAUUCCUUUACAAUCAUGAAUAGGGAGCAGAUAUUGUAAAUGUUGUUUCACUCUAAGGCAGUGCCUUUUCCUUUCUUUACAAUAUAUUAGGUUUGUAAGACAUGCAUUUCGGAUGUAUAUGAUUUAUUAGAAAACAUCAAAAAAACAUUUGUA